AUGACGCAAAAUAAUAUUCCAUUAAAACUUGGCUGUACUAUUAACUCUCUAUAUUUAAUCUCUAAAAAUAGUUCAAUUACAUAUAAAAAUAGUGUAUAUAGAUAUGAGUUAUUAUUUUCUAUUGCUACUUCAGUUGAAGCUAGUAUUUGGAAAGAAUUAUGCCUUGCAAUAGCUAUAGGCAUUACAGUUGAUGAAA